GGAGAUGGAGCUAGAGAGGAUAGAGUGGGAGAGAAGGAGGCAGGAAAUGAUCGAGAGAGCGAGGAUGGGGGGAUUCGAUGGAGAGACGGAUGAUCUGUUUCAGUUGGGCAUUCUCAAGGGUGCCCCAGGAGAGGAUGGCAAACCUGGCCCAAAGGGUGAAAUUGGAGAGAGUGGACAGAAGGGAGAACCAGGAGUUGGUCAUCGUGGUCCAGUUGGUCAGGCUGGUCCACCUGGUCAUAAGGGUGAGCCAGGCGAGCCAGGACCUCCUGGCGCUCAGGGCAUCCAGGGUAUCCGAGGCAACCUUGGAAUCCCGGGUUCCCAUGGGUCACGAGGGCCACCAGGAAACCCUGGGGAGCCAGGCAGAGAGGUCAGGGGUCACUUCAUUCCUCGAUUUGGGCUUUAUUCAGAAUGUGGCUGUGACAAUGUGUUUUGUUCAGAAAACUGUGAAUAUAAUACAGUAAUGAUUGACAUCUCUCAAUGGACACAGGGCGACAAAGGGAGGAGGGGAAAAAAUGGAACACCAGGCUCUCCAGGACCACCUAGUUCUCCAGGACAGCCGGGUGCCCCGGGAGAACCAGGGACUAAAGGUGACAAGGGUGACAGCAUCCCGGGAGAGCCAGGCGAGAGGGGGGUGGCAGGUUUGCCCGGGCGUCGGGGUCCUAAGGGAACAACGGGAGCUAAUGGACUGCCUGGACCCAUAGUCAGUUAAGCCUAUCACUUACUGAGCUUAUUUUUUACUUUACAGUUACAUGUAACCUUUAGCAUGAUGUAAGAGAGCAAG